AUGCCUCAUAAAGUAAACUACGGAGUUGAUUAUGAUGAUGACUACGAUGUCUAUGACGAUUAUGAUUAUGAUUAUGAUGAUGAUUCCGCCAUAAAAAAUAAUGGCAAAGCACUUGAGUCAAAGCGGGAAACUGAAAGGCCUGAGGUCUGGCGUUGUUCCAUUUGCACGUACGACAAUGAGGGGAGCAUGUCUGCAUGCGACAUUUGUGGGGUUCUUCGAAACCCUGUGGUGAAAAGCAAUAGUGAUAAGAAAACAGUUGAAGGCAGAUGCAAAGAUUCUGGAGCAUCCAUAAUGGCCAAGUCUCUUUUUGCAUCAUUGCCGCGCCAGAUACCCAAACAGGCUGUACUAUUUCAUCAGCAGAAAGAUGAUUUUGUGAUAGAAGAGGGCAAUAAUUUCCACAAGCUUGGGGAUUUCCAAGGACCUAUUCAUGAAUUCUAUAAUGCUUUUAACAUUCAUAACAAUCACCAUAUUAAUAUAGCUCCUUUCAAGUUUGAUGUGCCAUCCCCAGAUGAUUUGGUUUCUAAUGGAUUGUGGUCCUCUAGAACGGGUUCAAAAGCCAGUGUUAGUGACUUGAAAUCUUCAAAAGUUUCCUUGAAGGUUGCUAAGAAGAGUGGUGCAGUUAGUGUACUAUCAAGUGCUGAAUGGUCAGAUAGCUCCUCUGCAAUAGGGCAAAGAAGUAAACAAGAUAGAUUUGAUGAGGGAAACCAGUUGGAGAAUCGGACAGUCAGCUAUCACGAUGGAAGUAGUGACAUAAUUACUUUACAAGCAAAUGGUAGAUUGUCUGAUAGUUCGUCGGCAUCGCAGCCAAGAAGCAGACAUGACACUGUGGAUGAGAGCACAAAUUCUUCUGUGAUUAGGGGCAAGCAGCAGAGUGUUACCAGUGGCUUGAAAAAUUUGGAUUUGGAUGCUAGAUCUGGAUCUUCUAAUAAUGUUAAUGUUAGAGGAUCUCAUUCGCAAGCGGACUACAAACCUGAAAAGUGGAUGCUCCCUGACCAAGCUGUAGAUACACUGACUCAACUAAAUCUUGCAAUAGUUGGCCAUGUUGAUUCUGGAAAAUCAACACUCUCAGGUAGACUGCUUCAUCUUUUGGGAAGGAUAUCUAAAAAAGAAAUGCACAAAUAUGAGAAAGAGGCAAAGUUACAGGGUAAGGGGUCUUUCGCAUAUGCUUGGGCAUUGGAUGAGAGUGCAGAAGAAAGGGAAAGAGGAAUAACUAUGACAGUGGCCGUUGCAUAUUUUGAUUCCAGAAAAUAUCAUGUUGUUGUGCUCGACUCCCCUGGCCAUAAAGAUUUUGUUCCAAACAUGAUAUCUGGGGCAACACAAGCUGAUGCUGCAAUACUUCUCAUAGAUGCUUCAGUUGGCGCAUUCGAAGCUGGUGUGGAUGGUAGCAAGGGACAGACAAAGGAGCAUGCACAACUUAUCAGAAGCUUUGGUGUUGAUCAAAUUAUAGUUGCCGUGAACAAGAUGGAUAUUGUUGAGUACUCCAAGGAUCGGUUUGAUUUUAUUAAACAGAGACUUGGAACAUUUCUCCGUUCCUGUGGCUUCAAAGAUUCUUUGGUGUCUUGGAUUCCACUGAGUGCCAUGGAAAAUCAGAAUUUGGUAGAAGCUCCUUCUGAUCCCCGUUUUUCUUCUUGGUACCGUGGACCUUACCUGUUGGAUGCAAUUGAUUCCCUCCAACCUCCCACAAGAGAGUUUUCAAAGCCACUGCUCAUGCCUAUAUGUGAUGUCAUUAAAUCUUCUUCACAAGGACAGGUAUCUGCUUGUGGUAAAUUGGAAGCUGGAGCUCUCCGAAGUGGAUUCAAGGUUCUGGUUAUGCCUUCGGGAGAAUUAGGGACCGUACGCUCUUUAGAACGUGACUCUCAGGCUUGUGUAAUUGCGAGAGCUGGUGACAAUGUGGCUGUUACUCUGCAAGGCAUAGAUGGAGGUCAUGUGAUGGCAGGAGGUGUGCUCUGUCACCCUGGUUUCCCAGUUGCAGUUGCAAAACAUUUGGAAUUGAAGGUGCUGGUUUUGGAUGUUACAACCCCAAUUUUAAUUGGCUCUCAGUUGGAAUUUCACAUACACCAUGCAAAGGAGGCUGCCAGAGUUGUAAAAAUAUCGUCAUUACUUGAUCCCAAGACUGGCAAAGUGGCAAGAAAGGCUCCUCGCUGUCUUACUGCAAAGCAGAACGCCAUUGUAGAGGUUGUUUUGCAGCAGCCAGUUUGUGUGGAAGAGUUCUCUAAUUCUAGAGCCCUUGGGAGGGCUUUUUUAAGGGCAUUAGGAAGCACUAUUGCCGUUGGCAUUGUAACCCGGAUUAUAGAGGAGCAGAAAUAG